CAACCUCGCAUUCGCCUAGCAUUUGCAUACAUACUUCACUCUGAACAAGGAAUUCAGAAUCGACCUUUGUCUGCAUCUGACUGAUCGUUGCGUCGUCGGCUGCCUUGAUUCUUGCCGCCCAGCCCAGCGCACUCUCCAAGACUGAAAAUAAUCGGCGACUGCAAGUCACAUCACAUCGCAUCACAUCGCAUUGCAAGAACAACCAUGGCCGAGGCUAAUAGGAGUAUCGAGUCAAUCCUGGCUGCACUUGCAGCACAGCGACCUCCCACAACCUCGACGCCGAACCCUGCUCAGCCGCAGCCGCCCUACCAGCAGACACCGACACCUGGUGCAUACCCGCCUGGUAUGCCAUCUGGAGUAUCACCUUACGGCGCAGGAGCAUAUUCACUCCCGCAGCCUUCCUCCAGCGGUAACUUUGAUCUGAGUGCUAUCAAACCCGUCAAUUCUGGAACUGUCAGUAUUGCCGAUGCUAUUGCCCAAGCAAAGGCCUUCGCAGCUGAGAAGGGCGCUUCGCCGUAUGAUAUGUCACGCGCACCUCCUACAUACCAAUCGCAUGAUCCUCGCGCUGGUGAGGCUAGGCACUAUAGAUCUCGCUCGCGCUCACCGUCUGGCCGUGACGCAUAUCGUGACAACUUCAAUCCGUACCGAGAUGAGCGACGUAAUGACAGCCGUGGAAACUAUGGUCAUAAUCGUUCUGUGUCUCCUGGUGCCAAUAGAGGCCGUGGCGCCUAUGGCUCUCCCCAUGGUAACAAUGGCAGGGGCGGCGAUGAUGAUACUGAGACCAUCCAAAUAGAAUCGAGCCUAGUUGGUCUGAUCAUUGGUAGACAGGGCGAGAACCUCCGUCGUGUUGAGUCUUCAACGGGCUGCCGCGUGCAGUUCAUCACUGGUCCUGAUAACCAGGGUCCCUACCGUCAGUGCAGAAUAACUGGUCCCCGUGCAAGCCGUGCCGAGGCCAAGGAAGCCAUCAACAAGAUCAUUGAAGAUUCCGGUAUGGGCGCAGUAUCUCGGGCUGAUAACCCGCAUGGUGGUAGCCGCAGUACUCCUGCUCCUGCUCCCGCUCCGCUCCGCGAGGGUGAAGAUGUCAUGCAAAUCAUGGUGCCUGAUCGAACUGUUGGCCUCAUUAUUGGUCGUGGUGGUGAGACUAUCCGUGAUCUGCAGGAACGCAGUGGCUGCCAUAUCAACAUUACGAGUGAGUCCAAGAGUGUCAACGGUCUCCGGCCCGUCAACCUCAUUGGUACACGAGAAGCAGCUGCCCAAGCCAAAGAGCAAAUCAUGGAGAUUGUGGACAGUGACAGCCGCCAAAAUAACAAUGGCGCUGCCGCUGCCCCCAGCAAGCCUGACCGUGCCCCCAAGAAUGAUUUCGGCCAAGGCGGUCGAGGCCAUGCUCCCGCUGGUGGUGAUGAUAAGAUCAAUGAUGCAAUCUUUGUACCCUCUGAAGCUGUUGGCAUGAUCAUCGGUAAGGGCGGAGAGACCAUUCGCGAAAUGCAAAACACCACUGGCUGUAAGAUCAACGUUUCUCAGUCAUCUGGCCCUGGUGAGACAGAACGAGAAAUCGGAUUGGUAGGCUCCCAUGAUGCUAUCAGUAGAGCAAAGCGUGCCAUUGAAGACAAGGUUGAGGCAGUGCGUCAGAAGAACAGUGGAGGCGGCGGUGGUGGUGGUGGUGGUGGUCGUGGCGGCCGUGGAGGAGGCCACACCCAAGGUCGCCGUGACUACGACAACCCCAGUUAUUCCCAGGGCGGCCACAGCCAGCCCAAUCCUGUCGCUGCUGGCCAACCUCCGGCAGCAGCUAAUGGCGGCGCUGACCCCUAUGCAGCCUAUGGCGGUUACCAGAACUACAUUGCCCUUUGGUACCAGGCUCUGGCUGCACAAGGUCAAACUGGCGGCGAAAUGCCUAAGCCCCCUGGCGGCGCAUAAACUCCUGACGGUGAUGAUCCGAAUCCAUGUCCAUAGAGUAUAAUAAGGACCGGACUCCUACUCGUCUGGCACAUAUAAUGCUUGGUGCAACCAGAUUGCGGGUUCAUGUUUUUCCGUUUCUCUUCAUAUCGGACCGAGAUCACUGGCCAUAGGGACUGAGCGGCGUCUUGGCUUGUACAGUACGGAUACUUCUUUCUUCUAUACCCAUUGAAUGCCGAACGUGUACUCAUUGGUCGGGCACGGUGUAAUGCAAUUCUCAA